AUGUCCAACAGUCUCUUCUCGAUCAAACAAGGAGAGAUUGAGAUAUUAAGAGACUUUGUGGCCCGUUUCAAUAUGGCCACACAUGUGGUCAAGGAUGUCAACGAAGACAUGGCCAUAUCGGUCAUGAAGAGGGGCAUGAGGGGAUCCAGAUUCUCCUAUCCUUUGGAUAAAACUCUCUGCCAGACCUAUACUGAACUUCUCGAACGUACGAAUAAGUAUACCUGCAUGGACGAGGUUGCUUCUAACCGAUGCCAGAUAGAAGUAUCCGACAAUAAACCAGAGAAUGAAACUGAUGAUACAAUAAAGCAGACCAUGACUCCCGAACCCGACCUAAAGUUGACUUGGGUCCUGCACAUUGAUAGAGCAUCUAAUGCGCAGUGCAGUGGAGCUGGUCUCAUCCUUACAAAUUUCAAAGGGGUAGUAAAUGAAUACGUCCUUCAGUUCAACUUCAAAGCAUCAAAUAAUCAAGCUGAAUAUGAAGGACUCUUAGCCGGCUUGAAGAUCGCUAAGGAACUUGACAUCAACAGUUUGAAAGUCUUCACCGAUUCGCAAUUAAUUGCUGGACAGAUCAAGGACGAAUUUGAAGCUUGA